AUGGGUCGUCGUUUCUUUGUUGGCGGCAAUUGGAAGCUGAAUGGCUCCCGCGCCAGCAUCCAGGAGCUUCUCGAGGCCUGGGGCAAGGCUGACCUCGAUAAGUCUGUUGAGGUGGUCAUCUCCCCACCAGCCGUCUACGCCGACUUUUUGCGUGCCAACAUGCCCGCAGAGUUUGGCCUGGCGCUUCAAAAUGUCUACAAGGAGGGCAGUGGCGCCUUUACCGGCGAAAACAGCGCCGACAUGGCCCUGGAUGUGGGUGCCGACUGGGUCAUUCUGGGCCACUCGGAGCGCCGUAGCAUUUUUGGCGAGUCCAACGAGCUCAUUGGUGAGAAGACCGCAUACUGCCUCGGCAAGGGCAUCAAGGUGAUUGCUUGCGUCGGAGAGCAACUUGAAGAGCGUGAAGCCGGUAACACCCAGGCCGUUGUGGAAACCCAGUUGAAGGCCAUUGCUGCCAAGGUCUCCGACUGGUCCAAGGUCGUGAUCGCCUACGAGCCCGUCUGGGCCAUCGGCACUGGCAAGACAGCCUCACCGGAGCAGGCCCAGGAGGUCCAUGCCAGCAUCCGGGCCUGGCUCAGCAAGGAGGUCAGCGCCACGGUCGCUGCUGAGACCCGCAUCAUCUACGGAGGCUCGGUCAAGCCAAGCAACUGCGCCGAGCUUGGCAAGCAGGAGGACAUUGACGGUUUUUUGGUGGGUGGCGCUUCCCUCAAGCCCGACUUUACCACCAUCAUCAAUGCCCAGAAGGCCUAG